AAGAUUGGACACUUUUGCAUUGCCCAGAUGAAGGUUUGCAGGAAUAAUUUAACGGAUCUAGUUAGUGUAAUUUAUCAUCCGACACAUAGCCACGUGUGCAGUCCCCAGGACUACCUUCACCAUCCCUUACCUCAAGAUUUAAGCUCAUUUAUAAAUUGUCAGCUAGGAGAAGAAGUUUCUCCUUCCAAGAUCUUUAAUAAAGUCAAAAACAUAAAUAUUGACAAGAGUAGAGAUGUGCAGACACAAAAAGUGAACAUUCUCACCAAGAAAAGAAUCAGGGAGAGAGCACGAAGGCAACGGAUGGCACAAAGACUCCAUGAAGAUGACGCAAAAUCUGUCUACUUAAUGGCCAGUGAAAUGGUAUCUAAAGAAAACUCGGUCGUCAUUUAUAAGCCUUAUGGAGCAGAUGUGGUGUAUGGCCCAGAAGAUGUCAACAACCUCCCUUACUCAAUGGAAAUUUUCAUGUUUGGCUUCCAAACUCCCAGACAAUUACAGUUGAUGAAAGACCAUUGCAACAAAAUUUUAAUCGUAGACGAAACUCAUGGAACCAACCAGUAUUCCUAUAAGUUGCUGACAUGCAUGGUAGUUGAUGACAACAGAAGAGGCUGGCCAGUAGCCCAUUUGGUUACAAACAAAUCAGAUGCUGCCACACUAAAAUUUUUCUUUAAGGGUCUUAGUGAAAGAAUUGAAGAUCCAAGUCGCAUCAAUUGUGUCAUUACUGAUGAUGACAGUGCCAUUAUCAAUGGCAUUGAAGCAGGUUUUUCUUCUCCUAUGCGCCACCUACUAUGCCGUUGGCAUGUAAUUAAAAACUUAAAGGAUAAUGUAAGAACCAAAGUCCCUAAAGAUCUGUUUGAGGAUGUAUUUAGUGAAAUAAGAGUUCUAAUGAACAUUGAAGACCUCAAUAUGUUUGAAGAUUUGUGUGAAGGGUUCUUAAAAAAGUACGAAGAAAAAGAUAAAACUGCAAAGUUCAUAACUUAUUUCAGACAGCACUAUCUGAACCGAACAGAAAAAUGGGCAAUGUGCCACCGGAACUUCCCCCAUGCUCAGGUAAACACAACAGGUCAUGUAGAGUCCUUCCAUAAUAAGUUUAAAAAAAUGUACCUCAAAAGGAGAGUUAACAAAAGGUUGGAUGACCUCAUAACAAUGCUGCGCAACCUAGAAUGGGAAGACCAUUGUAACCGCCAACGAGAAGCUUUGGUGGGAUUUUCACCAAUCCCUCAACAUAUUGGGGAACGCCACCAGAAGUCACUGGCUAUACCUGAUGAAGCCUUGGUGGAAAUCUUGGCCAAUACAUGGGAAAUAAAAUCCCAGACAAAAGAAAGCGAAGUGUAUGUGAUAGUAUGUUACAGUAAUACAUGCUAUGAAGACUACUGUUUUGUCAAGUGCACUCAAGUACAGUGUGAUGGCCUCUGCUCACAUUUAUAUACUUGUACUUGCCCUGACCAGCAUUCACUGUGCAAACAUAUACACAAAUUGCAUUCCUAUCUUCGUAGAGGAAAAGCCUUCUCCACAACUUUUUGUAGCUUUGAAGAGAGUCUUCAACCAAUUGAAGAUCAGGCUGAUCUAGAUAAAAGGUCAACUACUGAGAACAUGGCUGCUAGGAAGUCAAGCUCUCUACUGGCCAAAAUAGAGCAGAACUUAUCUACUCUUUCACAGUUCCAGAUGUCUGCAAUAGACAAUAAAGUCAGUGAACAAACAUUGAGGCAUGUAAAUUAUACACUGACCAACUUAGUUAAUCACAUUCAGAUGUCGGAUGGUAAAAGUCAACUUGUAAACGUAAAUGAGAUGAAAGCUGCGGUUAAGUUCAAUUCGCAAGAGAAACUCAAGACCCAAGUAUCCCAACUUUUAUCAUUUAAGAGGCCAGUUAGUAAAAGGAAAAGGAAACCUGCAGACUGUAAAGAGAAGAAAGAAACUGUCAUAAAAAAUCUUCUUGAUUUUUUGCCCUAGUCCCAUUGUCCCCAAGAAGAUUUUGAGGGUUGAAGCUAAGUUUAAGGGUCAUGGCCUAAUUUUCGUUUGACACAUAUGCUUGGAUACUUGGAUUAUGCUUGGUUCCACUGAAAUUGUAACUACGACGUGGUAGAUAGCUUUUCCUUUUUGGCGGGUUUUAGCCGCAAUGAAGAGGUUCAUCAUAUCAUGCGCUUCAUAAAAAAAUUAAUCCUUUUAUUUGUAAUUUCACCAUAAUUCAGUUCUUGAGUUAUACUUCUUGGUUAAAGGAUGUACAAUUUGACACUGCAAUAGUAUGGUAAUUUACUGGAAGUUAUAUGUAUGUAUAAUUUAUAAUGCACAUGUUGUGUAUUCUAUUAAUUCAUGUUUUUGAAUUAUAAACUAACUGUAGUAUAAAGGA